CUUUAACCAUUUAACACUCCACUCGCGCUUAUUUCCUCUUUUUCUUUCAUCAACUUCUUCUUCUUCUUCCUUACGUUAAUUCUUCUUUAAGUAACCCUCACUCUACAAGAAAACAAAACACUUUCUUCAUACUCUUUUUCAUGUCAAACACAAACACAAACAUGGUUCUUUUUCUUCUCUUUCUAGUAACACUCUUAACCAUUCCAACCCCAUCAAUCUCUGAUACAAACUCUUUCAUCUUUGGUGGUUGUUCUCGUUUCAAAUACUCACCAGGUUCCUCCUACGAGAACAGUGUGAACUCAAUCCUCACUUCCUUAGUCAACUCAGCAGCCUUUUCAAACUACAACAAUUUCACAGUUCCCGGCUCCACGGAGUCGGAAACCAUCUACGGCCUUUCCCAGUGCCGUGGUGACCUUAACAAUGAUCAAUGUUCACGUUGCGUGGGGCGUGCGGUGAGUCAACUAGGGACACUCUGUUUCGCUACCUACGGUGGCGCGUUGCAGCUCGAAGGUUGUUUUGUGAAAUACGAUAAUCUAACGUUUUUUGGGGUACAAGACAAGACAGAAGUGGUGAAGAAAUGUGGACCGUCGAUUGGGUUGACUUCUGAUGCGUUUACUAGAAGGGAUGCUGUGCUGGCUUAUUUACAGUCGUCCGAUGGGGGGGGUUAUAAAAAUUUUAGGACAAGUUCGGCUGAGGAUUUUCAAGGUGUGGCGCAGUGUACGGGGGAUUUGAGUUAUAGUAAGUGUCAGGAUUGUGUUUCUGAGGCAAUCCAACGGUUGAAAACGGAGUGUGGUGAUUCUACUUGGGGCGAUAUGUAUUUGGCUAAAUGCUACGUGCGUUAUUCCGAAGGUGGUGUUCACUCGCGUGGUAGUAAUAACGAUGAUGAGAAUCACAAUGAUGAUGAGAUUGAGAAGACACUAGCCAUACUAAUUGGACUCAUUGCUGGUGUUGGUCUAAUAAUCGUUUUUCUUUCCUUCUUGUCCAAGCUUUGUGAAAAGCAGAGAGGUGGUAAAUAAAGAAUGUUACGUGGAUAGUAAUAGGAUUGAACAUUUGUCCCUGCUUUUCUCUGGUAAAUUAAUUAUUUGUGUUUUGGUGGUCCAUAUUUCCCUUUUUUUGUAUUGAAUACUUUGUAAGUUUCCAGCACAAUUCCCUUCUAUAAAGAUUGCCGGUGAAGGUAUAUAUAGAUAGAAAGAUCUUGUGGAAAAAGUAGUUCUUUACAGAAUGAGUUACAAUAAGGUGAAAAGACUCAUAUUCCACUUUCUUUAUUUACUUUGUCCACCAAUGUGUAUAAAUAGUGAACAUUUAAGUGAAAAAUGCAUCAUCCUAUGUUAUAGCCUUUAAUAA